UGGAGGAAAAAGCAUUAAUCGCUUUUCUAGCUUUGUCUCUUCUGGAGCGGAGGAUUGGAUAUUAAAUGGAGAGGUAAACUUGCCUCUGGGAACCUCUACUGGAGAAGUUUCGGUUGCGGCCGCUGAUAGCUUCAACGUUAUGAGUCCACCGGCAUGGAAAGAAACUACACCUUUCUUCAGUGUCCUUGUACAUUCACCAGCCAAACAACUGUCGCCUUUUUCUGGAGCGUACAUCAGAUAUUCAGUGUCCUCGAUCUUCCCCCCAGAAUUCGAAACAGACAUUUCUUCAUCUACGCACCGUGUUACAGUAUUCAGACGAUUCUCUCAAUUUUCCUUUUUGAGUUCGGCAUUGUCACGCAAGCUACCUGCCGUCGUCCUUCCACCACUUCCCGAGAAGCAGUAUGCUGGACGGUUCAACAAUGAUUUUGUUGAAGCUCGGAGGGGAGACCUGGAGCGCUGGAUCAAUGCGGUGGCUCGCCAUCCGCUAGCCAGGACCACUGAAGUCUUGUCGUUUUUCUUGACAUGUGUAGAGGAAGAGGAAUGGAACACACAGCUUCCCAGAUAUUUGGCGGGUCCGCCUGCAGCCGGACCUUCUUUUUUCUCCCGUGUCUUCUACCCUAAUUUCAACGUGGACGCGGAAGACGCGGAACGGUUAGUUAAUCGUUUCGAAAAACAUACAAAGCUUGCCGCGAAGGGUAUCGACAACAUCCGAACUACAUUCAGUAGACUUCGAGAACGGGGCUUAGAGACAUCAAUGUCUCUCAGGGCAUUUUCUUAUAGUCUGUUGGAAUUAAUUACAUCGACCCUUCCCGGAACCCGCGAUGUUCAGACCGAAAUGGAUGAGCUCGAGGCGGCAAAAUUGACGGGCGCUAGCGAGGGUCUGAUGACAGCCGACGGCGCAUGGUGUUGGAAGGACGAUUGUGAUGAAUGUCUCGACACUACUAAAGGUUUGCAAAAACUCGUGGAUACACUUCAAAUUGUCGCCGAUCUGCACGAAGACCAUGCGAGACGGACGCAGCUGGCGACACUUGAACUAUUGAAAACAAUGGCUCACCCAGUUGAGUUGUACGCUCCGACCGUGGAUAUCCAUCGAUCAGCUCUUGCUAAAUACCUUGAGGUCUCCGAUGAGCAACACAGCAAACCUAUUAUUCAUAAUACAGACCCUGUUGUAGCUUCACGUUGCGAGGCUGUCCUCAACGCCACUAUGGCUGAGCUCGAGACAUACCAUCAGCAUAAGAACGAAGAUUUUAGACAGCUAUCAAAGGACUACUUGGAUGGAGAGAUUGAAUUUAUGGAACAGGUCCUAACGCGCUUUCGUACCGCCCGUCGAGCUUUCGAUGCUCCCCCCGAUCCAAAAGUUCUCUUUCCUGGCCCCCGGCGUCCCUCGAUCCAUGAGAAGGACCUUUCCUUACCGCCAUCGAAGAGGAGGGAAGUAAAACCGUUGACACAGCCCACACCCCAUAUGUUCGAUUCAUCUGGAGGAGCUUUGAAACCCGUGGCCAAAGUGUUGCAAGAAGUUGGGUUAUUAUUUCGAGUGGGUGGAAGCUCGGGUGUAUAUCAGUAAGCCGGAUUGGGUGAUGAUGCCAGUAGCCGGAAGAGAAAGAAGACGGUGGAAGCUCUCCUUGUCGGUUUGUGCGCAAAUUUUGAUGGCUGUUAGUAAACAUUUCCCGGCUUGCACACGCUGCAAAAUUUCAUCUCUUUCCGCCGCAGUAAGGCCUGUAAUUUCAUGUUGUAUAUAUGACCAAUUGUGAAU